GGUCGUUGGCAAAAAUUACAACAGACUCUUGUCUGUCGUUUCAGUUAUGUUAAUGUGACAGUUUUUGCCAAGUAUUGUGUAGUUUUCUUCAUUUUUUUUUAUAAAUACAUGAAAAAUGUUAUAUAAUGUUACGAAAUAAUUAACUAUCUAAUAGUACGAUAUGUAUAUUAACUUCUAUGGUGCAUACAAGUCAUUACUAAUUCGGAGUGUUCAACUAUAACUAACCUCCUCUUCGCAAAUAGCGACUACGUGACUUCGAAAUCUUGAGAAAUCAAUUUGAAGAAAUGGAAAAAAAUAUGGCGUUUGCUAGUGGAAGUACUCAACCCUCAGCUCCUCCACCUUCGGCACCUCCUUCUUACGAGGAGGCUGUUGAAAAUGCAGCUCGUAUAUCUCGGCAACCAAACAUUCCAGUAGGAAUUCCAUAUCCAGUGGGACCAUCUUCUAUGCCAAUGUCAUCUUCUAUGCCUCAUAACGCUCCUCAGAUAAUUCCAUCGAAUCAGACGACGGUGCCAUAUCCACCGAAUUAUUCUGGGCCCAGCGAAUCUAUGCCACAGCCACAGACACAAUAUAAUGCAAAUCCGAAUGCGGUGCCUCAACCGGAAGUUCGAGUUGUAUAUCAGCCAAUGAUUUAUUCUUUGAGUCCAAAUCCAACAAAAACAACGUGUCCCACUUGUCAUGCUAAUAUUAAAACUUCCACAAUGUCGGAUCAUCAGCGAUGUGCUCAUCUAUGCUGUAUCUUGCUCUGCUUAUUUGGAUGUUGCCUUUGCUCAUGCCUACCGUAUUGUAUGAGCAACUUCAUGAGUGUCCAUCAUUUCUGUCCGAAAUGCAAAAGUUAUAUUGGUACGUGGAAAGGUUGAAUCAAACCUUUGGGACACGUCAAUUUGUAUAUUGUUACGCGAUUCUUUAUAUAAUCAAAUACAUUAAUGUAAUAUGUAUUAUCGCACAUUAUAUGUAUAUUUACAUAUUACAUUAUGUAUUAAUCAGUAUAACAUAUAUGGGAAGUAAUCGAUAUUUCCCUGCUUAUCGCGUAUAGCAAGUUAAGAGAAAGAUUUAUCCGACAAGAUUGUCAUAGAUCGUAUUACUAUACAUUCAUAUAUGUGACGCUUAUUCCUUGCGAGAUGAGAUUUGAAUGCAGUAUACUACAAUGUACAAUAGUCUCGAUGAUUGUAGAUUUCAUGUUGAUCCGAUAUAAGUGAGAUGAUGUGUUCGAGUGUGUUCAUGUCGAAUUUAGAGAUAGCGUGGGUAAUACUAUUACA